AUGAGUCUUCGACUUGCUUCAUCUUUCUCCCGAGCUAGGCUUCACUGCCCCGCAGAGACCCGCUGGUUCUCCAUCACUGGGCGGAGCUUAUCUCGAUGUUUCUCAACCACACAACCUCGAGAUGCAACAUGGGGGUUCAUUGGAUUGGGACAGAUGGGAUACAAUAUGGCCAAGAACUUGCGUGCCAAGAUCCCUGCAACUGAUACAUUGAUUGUACGCGAUAUUAAUGAGGAAGCUUCAAAACGAUUUGUCGCAGAAGCCCAAGAGGCUGCCAGUACGAGUGGCGCAGCAGCAAAUGAGAAUCAAGUCCAUAUUGCAGAGAAUGCCCGGGAGCUUGCUGAGAAGUCGUCCGUGAUCAUUACUAGUCUUCCGGAGCCCCAACAUGUUCUGGACGUGUACCAUUCCAUUCUCAAAGGUGGUGAGCUCCCGGCAGUGGAGCAAGAGCGGCUGUUCAUCGAUACAUCUACGAUUGAUCCUGUCACGUCCAAGGAUCUCGCGAAUGCAAUCCAUAGCACCCAGACUGGCCGGUUUGUGGACGCUCCCGUUUCGGGUGGUGUGGUCGGUGCGAAAGCAGGUACCCUAUCAUUUAUGUUCGGAGCAUCCUCCCAAUCAGAAGAGUUCCUGGAACGAGUGCAGAACGUUCUGUCUUUGAUGGGUAAGAGGAUGUGGCAUCUCGGUGAACCCGGCUCUGGAGUAUCAGGGAAGCUCGCCAACAACUAUAUCCUGGCGAUCAACAACAUUGCCACCGCGGAGGCCAUGAACCUCGGAGUAAGAUGGGGAUUAGAUCCCAAAUCAUUGGCAGACAUGAUCAAUGCCUCCACAGGCCGAUGCUGGCCAUCGGAAGUGAACAACCCUGUUCCUGGUGUUGUUGAGACAGCGCCUGCGUCGCGCGGCUAUCAAGGUGGAUUCGGGGUAAGUCUAAUGCACAAGGACCUGCGGUUAGCUCUCACAGCCGCAGAGAAAUCAGAUACUCCUCUGGAGUUGGGCGACAAAGCCCGUGAGGUAUACCGUGCUGUGGAGGAAGCUCACCGUGGUAAAGACUUCUCGGUUGUUUAUCAAUGGUUGCAAGACAAGUCGAAAUAG